AUGACUGGCGCCGCUCCGAUAGACAUCGCCACGCGACAGUCGACCUCGGUCUCACCGCCGGGGCAGCAGGCCUCCAAUCUUACAUCGGCCCUGCAAAGAGCCGGUACUGGCGAACGCACCGGGAGUAUAUCGCAUCACCAGAGCGGAGGCCUCGGGGUGUUCAAGGCUCCGCCGCCUCGUAAGGAUUCGAUCGGCGCCGCAAAUGCACAAUGGGGAAAUGGGACAAAGCCCAUUUCCAUGUCAGGAUCCGCCCGCGACAAAGGGCGCCGGGAGUCGUUGGCUGGUAGUUUGGUAGGCGGCAUGAGCUGGGGUGGUAUUUCAGUCGGAAGUUGGAUUCGUGAUGACAUCAUUAUGACUGGCACGUCCCCCUUCACUUUCCAGUCGCCUUCUUUCCAUUCUUCAUCAUAUCUCCCGAAGCUGGAGGCCAACUUCAUGCGGGACUUCUCGUGCUGCGGUGUGACGUUACCGACCCUCCAUGACCUAUUACAGCACUACGAAGAAGCUCACGCCACCAAGUCGCCCAACCAAGGACAUCGCCCGAGUCAGGGUGACAAUCGAGCGGCCAUGGCCGCGGCCGCGAUCGCACAGCAACAGAGCCAGCAGCAUGGCAACCAAGGGCGCGGCCUGCAGCCCGAUCGCACUUUAGAUAUGCAGCGGAAAUUGGGCCAGACCACCACCACAUCCCACCACGUGGAUCUAGACACAAUCGAUGAUAUGGAGUUGGACGAGCCUAUGGUAGAUGACGACGAUACCACUUCCCAGCUGUUCUCCCCGCAGUUACGCGAAGGGGGUCAAGGCUUUGGAAGCUCCAACCAGAGCUCGCAAUUAAACCUGGGCAUGCUUCCAAGCCACCAGGGCUUCAACACACCCUCUCAACCCGGUACUCCGAUCGGAUCUGGACGUCCUCUCUCCCUGCAGAACAAUCCCACCGUUUCAUCUGUUAAUACUCCCACUUUAAUGGCCAACCCACUCCAAACCUCCCAGUUCCGAAAUACCCCGGAUUCGUCAGCACCUGGAACACCAGCCGAAAUCGAUGAGAGUGUGGUAGGCGGGUUCGGCGAUCUUACUAUGCAGCAUAACGCCAUGGGCCAGAACCAGGGUCAGUUUGGACACUUCUCGGGUGGCAAUAACGAUAUGGUCGAUCUAUGCAUCGAUGAGCCAGCCAAGCGUCUGUUUAGUCCUACAGGGGGCAUGGGAGGCCCAACAAACGCCCAUUUCAAACUCAGUGGAGCUCAGUACGGUCCUAAUAGCGAUAUUGCUCGACGGAUUCGUGAGCAGCAGCUUCUCGCUGGGGUCCCGGAUACCACUUCGAUUCUUCCCAACGAAGAGCCGAAGCCAUUCCGAUGCCCUGUCAUCGGUUGUGAGAAGGCAUAUAAGAACCAGAAUGGGUUGAAAUACCAUAAAGCUCACGGCCACAACAAUCAACAACUCCAUGACAACGCAGACGGAACAUUCUCGAUAGUGAACCCCGAAACAUCAGCACCUUAUCCUGGCACCCUUGGAAUGGAGAAGGAGAAGCCAUAUCGCUGUGAAGUGUGCGGCAAGCGAUACAAGAACCUUAACGGCCUGAAAUACCACAAAUCGCACUCCCCGCCCUGUAAUCCAGAUUUCCAGCUUGCAGGUCGCAAUUUGGCUUUGGGCGGCGGUGUCAUGCAGGGACAGAACAUCAACGUUGCUGGAGCUGGCCUCCCCGGUAUCGGCGAAGAAGGCCUCCUGUGA